AUGAAACAAAAAAUUGUUUCCAAUAUUGUAGAGACUGAAGCCAAGUUAUCAGUUUUGAUCGAUGAAUCUACUACCAUCAGUGCAGUUUGUGGUAUGGUUGUUUACAUUAAAGCUUCCAUAUCUUACGAUGAUCCUGUUCUUAUUUUUUUAGACCUUGUGGAACUUGUUAGUCAAACAGCAGAUAACAUUAUGAAUCAACUUAUUGACUGUUUAAAAGAGUCUGGUUUUAAUGAGAAUUAUUUAUUACAGAACUGGAUAUCAUUUGUAAGUGAUGUGGCAAGUGUAUUAUUGGGGAAAAAAAUGGUGCAGCAAAGCGUUUAA